AUGGAUCACUCGAUGCAUAUGGCCAUGGGCCACGGUGAUAUGGGCCAUGGUGGUAUGGACCACGGCGACAUGGACAUGGGAGGGAAGUGCAGUAUGAAUAUGCUUUUCAACUGGUCCUCAGAAAACCUAUGCAUUAUCUUUCGCAGCUGGCGUAUAACCGGCCCUGUUUCCUUCUUCUUUUCCCUCGUGGCUAUUGUGAUUCUUACUGCAGGCUACGAGGGAAUUCGGUCAAUUACCCGGAAGUACGAAGCUGCCCACGCACAGCGCUUAAGUACAUUCGUGGGCACUGUCAAUACAGGUGACAAUGAGAUCGCCGACCCUAUCAUUGCGAGCGGCCUGGCCAACGCCAUCCAUCACACUCACGACGAAGGCUCACCACUGCUUGUAGGAAGGGACAACAAAGCGGCACUGGCUCGCAAAGGCAAGGUCACUAUGGCGGCUCUAUAUGCCAUCCAGGUCUUCUAUAGUUUCUUCAUCAUGCUUCUUUUCAUGACAUACAACGGCCCUGUCAUGAUUGCGGUUGCAGUGGGUGCAUUUUUCGGAUACCUUGCUUUCUCCGAGGGAACUCCGGCAAGCAAGACGAUCGCCUGCCACUGA